CCCUGCCCUCCCCCCUCGCGAACUUUCCACUGUUCCACGCAGCUGCGCCUCUGCCCCGACCUCCCCUCCCCCCCUGCUCCAAGAGCACCGUAGCGACGAGAGUUCCUUCAACGGCGGCGGCGAUGAGGUCGGCCCUGAGCCGCCUGAUCCGCUCCACCACCUCCCUCUCGCCGUCCCCUCACAGAUCGUGUGGUUUAACAUUCGGCAAGGCGUUCUCGAGCGAUGCCACGCCCAGGGAAUCAUCGGGGCGGGUGGACGAGCCUUUCAAGGUCGAGGAGGCAGAACCCGUCAAGGUGCCUCCGCCUUCUCCGGAUAAGUUGCUUGUGCUAGGUGGAAGUGGUUUCGUUGGUUCUCACGUUUGCAAGGAGGCGUUGGACAAAGGAUUUCUUGUCUCUAGUCUAAAUAGAUCUGGAAAGCCAUCAAUAAGUGAAUCUUGGGCUGAUAGAGUUACAUGGAACCAAGGUAAUCUUCUUGAACCCGCUUCACUGAAGGAUGCCAUGGAUGGUGUUUCUGCUGUGGUAUCAUGUGUCGGAGGCUUUGGGUCAAAUUCUGCCAUGUACAAAAUUAAUGGGACUGCAAACAUCAAUGCCAUCAGGGCUGCAGCUGAGAAAGGCAUAAAAAGAUUUGUGUAUGUGUCAGCUGCGGACUUUGGUUUAGUGAAUUACUUAUUGCAAGGUUAUUAUGAGGGCAAGAGAGCCGCUGAAGCUGAAUUGCUGUCAAAGUUUACCUAUGGAGGAGUGAUAUUGAGGCCUGGUUUCAUUUAUGGAACUCGUCAAGUGGGUAGAGUAAAGAUACCUCUUGGACUUGUGGGUUCACCUAUGCAAAUGGUGCUCCAAAAUGCAAAACCAUUGACCAGAUUACCUCUGGUUGGUCCGAUGUUAACACCUCCAGUGAGUGUUACCUCGGUGGCGAAGGUCGCUGUAAGAGCUGCGACAGAUCCGGUGUUCCCUCCUAGCAUCGUCGAUGUCUAUGGCAUCAUGCGAUACAGCGAUCAGAAGUAAUAAUAUGCUCGUACAUGAUGAUAAGAGCGCCUGGCUCUAAUUAUCUUCUGUUAGCGGUUGUUUUACCUAUCUGCUCCAAAUGUGUACGCAGAUGUCGCACAUGACGGUGCAGACUUAGCUGAGUUUCCUUGUGUGGCCAUGUUUAUCUAAGAAUGUUCAAUAAAGAAAUAAUUAACCUUGUGUUUUGGGUAUUGCCGUGGUCUAUGAUGAUCCUGUUUGGUUAAACCUUUUAGACAUGUUAGUUAUUCAUGUCAUUGUCAUGA